GUGCCAGCUUCCCAGCCAGAGAACCUCACUGCCUUCUCCAUCUCACCCAGCCACGAUAUCUCGUACACGACGCUCAUCCUCCUGGAGAAUGCAUCUUCACCGGCUGGAAGGUUCAGCAACGUCUACUACGACAUGCGGAUAUCAGAGACAUGUGUUCAGACCUCAGCCAAGUUAUCGCGAAUUGCUGCACACUUGAGCUUCAGGAGCCAAUCGAUUUUGUGUUUGAAUUUCUUUGACAGAUUGCGAGUACAGAAGAGCGCAGGAAGCGUUGAUCCAAAUGCUGCGGGAGAGACCUUGAUUGUCUACAACAUUGCCCGAACUCGUCCAGUCCCUGCAGUUGCACCUAUCCUGGUAUCUGUGUUUGCAACGAGUGCGCGCUCUUUGGGUGUGACUUUCGUCCCUCAAGCUGCUGGGCAAUGUGUCUUCAAGGGCUAUGCCAUGCAAUGGAAGUUACUGGGUGAAACUGAGUGGCAGUCUAACGAAGCUUGUCUAACGAGAAUGUCGGCUAGUUGCUCUGUGAGUGGCUUUCCCUUCAGCCAGAGUUUCUACACUGUCAGGAUGCAGGAGACCUGCACAGAUCCUUUGGCUGACAGUCCCUGGGUGGAAUGGCCAGACUAUAUUCAAACUUGGCCAGAACCUGCGCAAGUUCCAGCAAACUUCACCUUUGUGGAGCUCACUGCAUACAAUGCGACUUUCACCUUUGAACCGGGGCUUGGUCUGGACUGCACUUGGUCAUCCUGGCAGGCACAGAUGCUCCAAGACAUCGGGAAUCCGUUGUCGGAGUGGGCAGAUCUCACGGAGUGUGAGAGUCAGCUACAGUUCCGUGAGAAUGUCACGUGCAGCGUCACAGGGCUUCAAAGCUUCACUGAAUAUCAGGUUCGAGUCAGGGAACGAUGUACGAACUACAUCUACGACAGCGACUGGGGCUACUCUGACAGAUUCUUCACCCGCAUGCCCAUCCAAGCGGGUUUGCCAGAGGACUUGAAGCUGGUCCAAGACUCUGUCACUGCGUUCUUCUUUGACGUCUCUUGGACAGGGGGAGCUCCUGGGCAAUGCAUUUUCAAAGAGUGGGUCAUGGAAGUCUUCCAGAUCUCACCUGAACCGGAUUCCUGGGCAAUACCUCCACUCGUUGAGUACUUGGACGCGCCUCAGACGUGGGUACGUCAUAAGUGCGUUGCCGGCAGAGACACUCCAAACUGUCGACCGGGCGAUUUGCCCAGAUCGUUAAAGCAAAAUUCCACAUACGCCGUGCGAGUGAAGGAAAGCUGCACGGACCCAAAUGCUGAUGGUGACUUCACCAUGCUGGACAUGAAUGUGACAACAAUCAUCGCGCUGGUGCCAGCUGAGCCGCCUGAGAAUCUCACUGUCAGUAACGAGACGGUCUGCACCUGA